AUGGCGGAUUUCAGUCAACUUGGCGGUCCCUCUGCAGAAUGGCUAGAAUUCUCGAAGCAGUUGUCUCUACCGCCCCGGCCAAAUAUUACAGCCAACCUCGAUAUGAAAGCCAUUCGCCAAACUAUCAAUUCUCAGAGGUUCCUCUCAAGGAAUGAAGAGUUGAAAGCGAUGGAGGGCCAUGGUGUCAAAUGCGAAACUAUGAUGGUUAUCACCCAAGACUAUCUCGAAAUACCUGUUCGACUGUAUAAUCCGCCCAAGCCGAGAAGUCCUGCGUCAGUCCUGCUAUACUUUUAUGGUGGCGGGUUUUUCUCCGGAUCGCUGUCUACAGACGACGCUGCGUGCAUGAAUUUGGCUCGGAGCUGUGGACUUACUGUGGUCAGUGUUGGUUAUCGACUGACACCAGAAUGGAAGGCACCAACGCAGUUUCAAGAUGCCUGGGAUGUCCGUUGUUGGGUAAUACAGAAUGCAGAAGCUCUUGGGCUCUCUCCCACCUUCAAUCUCUAUGUAAUGGGGAUCAGCGCUGGUGCGUGUUUGGCUGCAAGCCUUGUUAUUCGUGAGAGGAUGGCAGGUGAGGAAAUUAUCAAGGGCCAAAGCCUCUGUGUACCAUGGCUGUGCCUACCUGAAAAAUUUCCUUUCGAACAGAUUCUCCCAGACAAAGCUUCACCAAUUCAAUGCAAAGAUGCGGCAUUACUUCCAUAUAGCUGGGUUAUAAAAUACGGGGAUAUGCUGGAUACACCGGAGUCGCAUAGGGACUGCCCAGUGAUCAAUCCCCUCUUGUUUGACGAACAGGCUGUUACAAAUCUGCCGCCCUCUCAUAUAAUGGUCUGCGGUGAGGAUCCUCUCCGCGACCAUGGCAUGCUCAUGAAACAGAAACUUGAUCGUUUGCAUAUCCCGACCAAGCUCCAUAUAUAUCCAGGAUAUCCUCACUUCUUUCGUCGAUUUCCGAAUUGUCCGGCCAAUAAAGCUUGGGAUAAUGAUUUACGAGAAGGUAUUGAAUGGAUGAUAGCGCAGUCUGAGUUGAGA